CACCCAUCUCUCUCUCUCUCUCUCUCUCUCUCUCUCUCUCUCUCUCUCUCUCUCUGGGAGCUUUAAAGAGGGAGGGACUGACUCAACUCCUUUGUCUCUCUGUGCCCAUAAGCCUAAAACCCCCACGCCUUCUCCCUCUUUUCACUCUCAAAGCCUCUGUGAAAAGCAACCGCAAAAAAAAAAAAAUAUCUUUCUCAGGAAACCACCUUCAUCAUGGACUACGUAGAUUACGGGGAGUACUGCAGGAGAGGGCACGUGCCGGCUUUUGGGAGCUGGGACUGGAACGACGCCGUUCCGUUCACACAGUGCUUCGAAACGGCACGUCAAACCAGCGUCCUCCGUUACGGCUACGCCGUUAAUCAAGAUCGCGAUCUCUACGUCGCCGGCGAUCUCUACGACGACCACCUCCUUGCCCCCGCCAUGAUCGUCGUCCCUCGCCGUCGGGCGAAGGUGGGGCAGGGGCCUCCACGCGUGAGAAGAGCUGCAACCAAAGAGCACAGCAACUUGAAGGCGGCGCGUGAGGCUGACGCUCCGACCACUUCCCCUACUCCGGCUGCGACGCGGAGGCCGGCGGCGAAGCCUGUGGACGAGGACCUGUACAAGAUCUCUCCUCAGCUUCUCAAAGCCAAAUCCAAAAGGGGGAAUGGCGGGUUUGGGUGCUUUUCAAUGUGUUUCUUGCCAACUCGAGUGUUAUGAAGAUGCAGCGCGUGAGAGAGAGAGAGAGAGAGAGAGAGAGAGAGAGAGAGAGAGAGAGAGAGAGAGGGAGGAUUUUAAUAUAAGAUG